UUCUUGUUUCCCUGUGCCUUAGUGGCGCCCCAUUUCACAAAGUUGACACCUGCUCUCCUCCUCCACCUACCCCAAAUCCUCCUCCAUCUUCCUCCUCCGGCUCAGUCCAAUCCUUCCCUUCCCUUUUCGGCUUCGGCCAAUCCACCAACCGGUCAUCAUCGUCGCCCAGCCAGAGGUUUCUUCCAUCUUCUUCUCCAGAGCUCUCGAAUGGUUCCUUCCUCUGCGCUAGCUUUCUUGGAGCUGGAGCAGAGCAGGUAGCUACCAUGAUCCUCGAGUUCUUGGCCGUGGCGGCGCGCGCGGCGCUCGAGUGGGCGCUGGCGACGCUGCUGCUCGCCAACGGCGCCGCCUUCUGCCUCAUCGCCGCCGCCGCGGCGCGCCUCCGCCUCGGCCCGCCCUGCAUCCUCUGCGCGCGCGUCCACCGCCUGCCCUGCUCCGCCUCUGCUCCGGCCGGCGGGGAGCGCGGCGCCCUGCGCCUCCUCCUCUGCGACGCCCACCUCGCCGCCGUCGCCGCCGAGCCCCGCAUAGACCCCGAUCGCCGCGACGGGGACGCGGGGAAAGGCGGACUGACGGAGGCCGGUGAUCCGGCGGACAAAGUCUCAGGCCUGGAGACUCACCGCGUCGUUUCCAUCGGCAGCGAGAUCUGCGAGCAGGACCACGACGUCGAAGACGUCGGCCAGCCCCGCGCGGCCGGCCGCAGCCGCAUCGCGAGAACCAGCAGCAUCGAGGACGGCGGCAGCAGCCCGCUCGUAUCCCUCUUCGAGCUGGCCCCGAUCGUCGCGCAGCCGGGGGGCGGCGGCGGCGGCGACUCCUCCGUGGACCCGGCCACGGCGCCGGAGCUGGUGGCCGUGGACGGCGACGAGCGCCUCACCGUCGGGCAGGUCGUCUCCGCGCUCCGCGACCAGAGGCGGGAGCUGAAGGCGCUGCGCGCGGAGCUCGUCGCCGAGCGGCGCGCGCGGGCGGAGGCGGAGGAGUACCAGCGGCAGCUGGAGGAGCAGGGCGAGCUGGACCGGGAGGCGGCGCGCCUCGCCAUGCAGCUCGUCCACGAGAGCGAGACGGAGAAGCACGGCCUGCAGCGGCAGCUCGACGCGUGCAGGGUCCGGGCCCAGCUCGAGUCCGCCGCCGUGGACGACUUCGCCGGCGGGGAAGGAUGCUUCCGCCGGGGGGCCAACGGGGGCGACGACGGCAACAACUACCAGUCGCUCGUGGACUUCAUGCCGGGGUCGGUGUACUCCUCCUCGCCGGACCUGGCCAACCUCCUUAAACUCUACACCGAGUCCGGCAAUGGUGGCGGCCGCCGCCGUCAGAGGGAUGAUCACGACGAGCCGGCCGUUGCGGUGGUUGAGGAAGCAGAGGAGGAGGAGGAAGUGGUGGCCGUCGCCGUCGCUGGCACGGCUGCCACUGAACCCAGCGGGAAUGCUGAUGCGACCACCGCCAUUGUUGCUGAAUCUUUUCAUGAACGAAGCACCAAUAGUUGUCACAUCGAGACAGUUGCUGAAGCUUCUUAACUCGUCGCGACUUCACUGCCAUCUCUUGUAAAUUGAUUUCUCUUGUGUAAAUUUCGUCUUCUUCUUGUCUUUUUUCUUUUGGGGGGUUUUGCAUACAGAGAUUGAAAGCUUGGGUGCGUGUGUGUCAGUGUGUAUGUAUGUCAUACAUGUAAACUGUUUGUCCAUGGAGGUGUUAAAGAGAAGAAAUUUUGAAUCUUCAAGAUGAUUUCUCGGAA